AUGGUUGGCGCCGAUCCCCCUCUGCGCCAAAAGCGGCUGGCGCCGGUGCCGGGCUGCGGCGUGGCCCGCGCCCUCGGCGUGUCCAACUUCGGGGUGCGACACCUGGAGGAGUUGCUGUCGGAUGGUCCGCAGAGGCCUGUGGCGGUGAACCAGGCUAUGGCAGAACUGGCACUCGAGCUCGACUUCUGCAAGCAGACUGCAUGGCCCAUGCGCAAGGGCUAUCGCCACUUCUUGGAUGGCAGGAACACAUCAGGACGUUCCUCGUACUCCAAGUCAGUUGAUAGCAAGUGGCUGCGCAGGUUGGAAUCCCGCGAGCAUGCGACUGCAAGGCUGGCCCACAGGAACAAGCACUCACAGCAGAAGAUCGAUGCCGGUCAGAUUAAGUCCAAAAAAUAUAGAAGCCCGCAGGAGCAGGAAAGUUGGAUGAUGUCAAGAGAGAGUGAAGGACUAGAUUGGGAGAACUUUGACAGUUGGUCUCUGGAGUGGUUUCAUGACUUUGACGACCUGUCCGAAGUGGACUGGGAUAGCGGUUCUGAGUCGACUUACUCUGGGAUUUCAGGUCUCUCGACGCGUAGUUCUUGCUCAACCUCCAGCAGCGCCUCCAACAAGUCAGAGGAGCCGACGCGGUGGGAAAUGGCGCAACGCGCCGCAGAAAGUACCGCAGAGACGUAUCGCCAGCUAGUGCCCGCAAGGCCCAAGGUCGUCAGCUCCAGGCCGAAAGUGGCGACACCCAAGCAGCAUGACGAGAUCUUGCCCGUGCCUCACGUGCCUCACGUGCAAGUUUCAGUGGAUCCGCCCUUCCCGGAAGCUCAUGCUUCUGCUUUAGCGUUUGCAGGCAAGGAAUCCGGGCAGAGCCUGCGGAUAGGCAAGUGCCUUCGUGGGAAGCCUGAGCAGCCCAAGCUUUAUGGCCUGGAGGAGAUCGAUGCCUGCUCGCCAGAGUAUGAAGCAGUUACUUGGUAUUUCAAGCAGACGCUGUUCAGUGCGGCCGAGAUCCAUUCACUCUCCCGGAUAACGCGACAGAGCGUUCAGCAGCGCUUUCUGAGCAAUGGGGACAACACACUCAUGUUCCACGGCUGCAGGAGCCCGCACAACUAUGAGCGUAUCCUCAGUCAUGGUUUCAAGACUUCUUGCUGUCGCAGUGGUGGUCCUGGCUAUGGCACCUGGUUCGCAUACAACGCGCAAUACAGCGACACUGGCUAUGCCCAUCAGACGGGAGGAAAGUACAUUUUGAUUGCAUCCAAGUCUCGAGACGACGCUCGUGACCAGCUCCGGGCCAUGGCGCUUGCUCGCUCCCGGUACUUGGUGGAGGUCGAGCUGCACCCCUGGUGGCCGCAGUCUGCUUUGCGGAAGUACUGUCAGCAGAAGCACAUCGCUCUGAUGGCCUACGGCUCGCUUGGCAGCUCCUUGCUGGGCGGAGCCACCUUGCGCGCCCCGGCGGUCCUGAAGGUGGCGAAGCGUGUGGGCCGGUCACCGGCGCAGGUCUUGCUGCGCUGGGCCGUCCAGCAGGGCUUAGCAGUCAUACCGCAGGGCGCACGAUAUGGGAAGAUCUCCGAAGAGACGGAGAUGGGCGCACGGCCUCGUGGGCAGCAGGUGAGAGAGGUCAAGUGGUGCCCGCCCGAUGAGGACGACCAUCGGCGGCAGGACAUGCUCUCAGGCCUGCAGUUUCUACUCCGUCGAGUAAGCCUCCGCCAAAAGGUGGGGAUCUUCCUCUUCGCGGCCAUUGCCCUGCUUUGGAUGUUGGGCGCAUUUUCGUCCUCGGCCUCUCCGAGCGAACAGGUGAGGCCAAUGAAAUCGAGGCCCAGAGCCUUCCGUGGUCCUGCAGUGGACGCAGGCACCAUUCUGGAAGUGGUGCGUGACGCACCAAUCAUGGCUACGGAUCAUCACGGACCUAUCUGGGGUCAGAUGAGCGGUGAAGUCUUUGCUGGCCACUUGCUGGAGGCUGCGGGGCCGCCAGUGACCGAAGACGGGCACACCUUGAUCGCCCUGGCCCGGGGAGGCGCCAUCGAGGCAUCUCGAGUCAAGGUGGCCGACCCGGAAGACGUGGCCCAGUUCAGAGCAAAGGCCGAGGAGGACAUGGUAGCGCAGGACUACAAGGCACCGGCAAUCCACAUGGGUACGCCGCUGCAGGUGGUGGAGCAGGGUCCUGUCUUUGCAGCUGACGAGCAUGGCCCGGUCUGGGGCUCCGAAAUCGGGGAGGUGCUCCCGGGGCAGAUCGUGCACGCAGCUGGCAGCCCCAUCACGGAGGACGGCCAUACCUCGGUGCUGCUGCAGACGGGUGGCGCCAUCGAUGUGGGCCUUGUGCAGGUGGCCGAGGAGGAGCCAGAGCGACAGGAGGGUUUCCAAGAGCCCGGAGAAUCUGCCGGGGAGUUCGCGCAAGGUGGCGAUGGACCUGGCUUUCCAGACGGGCAAUUUCAGCCUGCAGGGGCAAAGUUCCCCGGGGAAGGCAAAGCACUUCCGGAAGGCCAAGGCGCUGACGAGUUUGCUGGAAACGGACAUUUUCCACCAGGACAAAGGCAACCAGUUGCAGAGCAAAACCAGUUUGGUGAAUUCAAUGGCGUUGCAGAGCCACAGCAAGGUGAGCCCGACAUGCAUGAUGGUCAGUUCGGGCACCAUGGCAUGGCAGAGCCACAGCAAGGUGAGCCUGGCAUGAACGAUGGUCAGUUCGGGCACGAUGGCAUGGCAGAGCCACAGCAAGGUGAGCCUGGCAUGAACGAUGGUCAGUUCGGGCACGAUGGCAUGGCAGAGCCACAGCAAGGUGAGCCUGGCAUGAACGAUGGUCAGUUCGGGCACGAUGGCAUGGCAGAGCCACAACAAGGUGAGCCCGGCAUGCACAGUGAUCAGUCCGGGCAUGACGGCAUGGCAGAGCCACAAGAAGGUGACCCCGGCAUGCACGAUGAUCAGUUCGGGCAUGACGGCAUGGCAGAGCCACAGGAAGGUGAGCCUGGCAUGCACGAUGGUCAGUUCGGGCACGCACAGCAAGGUGAGCCCGGUAUGCACGGUGAUCAGUUCGGGCAUGACGGCAUGGCAGAGCCACAGCAAGGCGAGCCUGGCAUGCACGAUGGUCAGUUUGGGCAUGAUGGCAUGGCAGAGCCACAGCAAGGCGAGCCAGGCAUGCACGGUGAUCAGUUUGGGCAUGACGGCAUGGCAGAGCCACAGGAAGGUGAGCCCGGCAUGCACGAUGGUCAGUUCGGGCAUGACGGCAUGGCAGAGCCGCAGCAAGGUGAGCCAGGCAUGCACGGUGAUGAGUUUGGGCACGAUGGCAUGGCAGAGCCACAUGAAGGUGAGCCCGGUAUGCACGGUGCAGAGCCGCAGCAAGGCGAGCCCGGCAUGCACGAUGAUCAGUUUGUGCACGACGGCAUGGCAGAGCCGCAGCAAGGCGAGCCCGGCAUGCAUGAUGAUCAGGUUGGGCAUGAUGGCAUGGCAGAGCCGCAGCAAGGCGAGCCAGGCAUGCACGGUGAUCAGUUCGUGCAUGAGGGCAUGGCAGAGCCACAGGAAGGUGAGCCCGGCAUGCACGAUGGUCAGUUCGGGCACGAUAGCAUGGCAGAGCCACAGCAAGGCGAGCCCGGCAUGCACGAUGGCCAGUUUGGGCAUGAUGGCAUGGCAGAGCCACAGCAAGGCGAGCCUGGCAUGCACAAUGAUCAGUUUGGGCACAAUGGCAUUGCAGAGCCACAGGAAGGUGAGCCCGGUUUGCACGGCGCAGAGCCGCAGCAAGGCGAGCCCUAG